UUUUUUUUUUUUUUAAUGUAAAAUAAGCACUUUUGCAUAAUUAAUUUCUCUUACUGCCAAAUGUUUGAGAGAAAUGAAGAAAUGGAUGAUGAAUUCGCGAAGCUUAUUAGGAGGGUUAAUCUACCCAGGGUUGUAAUUGACAACGAUUCAUGUGAGGCUGCAACUGUAAUCCAGGUUGACUGUGUCAAUAAGCAUGGAAUCCUCCUUGAAUUUGUUCAAGUGCUAACAGAUUUGAACCUUGUUGUUACAAAAGCACACAUCUCAUCUGAUGGGGGAUGGUUCAUGGAUGUGUUCAACGUGAUUGAUCAUGAAGGGAAGAAAAUAAGAGAUGAAGAGGUUAUCAACUAUAUCCAGAGGAGACUUGAAACUGCUGAUGGCUCAAUACCAUCUCAGAGAGGGUCCGUUGGUUUGGUUCCUUCUGAAGAGAGCACAUCCAUCGAACUAACAGGAACAGAUAGGCCGGGUUUAUUGUCUGAAGUGUGUGCUGUUCUUACUGAUCUUCACUGUAAUGUGGUGAAUGCUGAGAUAUGGACGCAUAACACUAGAGCUGCAGCGGUGGUUCAGGUGACUGAUGAUACUACGGGGUGUGCAAUUGAAGACCGGAGACGUCUUGCUAUAAUAAAGGAGAUGCUAUGCAAUGUCCUUAAAGGAAAUAAUGAUCUCAAGACUGCGAAAAUGACACUUUCUCCUCCUGGGAUAACUCACAGGGAAAGAAGAUUACACCAGAUUAUGUUUGCUGAUCGGGACUAUGAUAAGGUAGAAAGAAACGAAGGGACCAGAGUUGAUGAUAGAAGUUCCAGACCUCAUGUAAUUGUGUCUGAUUGUGCCGAAAGAGAUUACACGGUCAUUACUAUGCAGUCAAAAGACCGACCCAAGCUGUUGUUUGAUAUUGUUUGCACUCUAACAGACAUGCAGUAUGUUGUUUUUCACGGAGUAGUACUCACUGGGAGAAAGGAAGCAUAUCAGGAAUUCUAUAUUCGACAUGUUGAUGGAGUUCCUAUAAGCUCAGAAGCUGAGAGAGAACGUGUCAUGCUGUGUCUAGAAGCAGCCAUUGAAAGGCGAGCCUAUGAGGGACUGGAAUUAGAAUUGUGCACUGAGGAUAGACUUGGACUUUUAUCAGAUAUUACAAGGAUAUUACGGGAAAACAGCUUGUGUAUCAGACGAGCAGAAAUCUCGACGAAGGGUGGCAAAGCCAGAGGCACUUUCUACGUCACAGACGUGACAGGUAACCCGGUUGAUCCUAAGGUAGUCGACUCCAUUCACAGACAGAUUGGACGAGGUAUUUUGCAGGUCAAAUGGAACUCAAGUUCAGCAAAACCGCAUAACGAGAAUACAUUUAGCUACCUUUUCGGAAGCUUUUUCAAAGCUCGAAAUUUCAGAUUGAUAAAAUCUUACUCUUAGAAUAAUGUGCAUACUUCGUAGAUAUUAUGACUUAGGGGAGAAAAACUGUAAAUGUUUGUGAAUACGUAGAGUAUAUAUCCGUGCUCUCCCAUGAAUAGUAUACCCGAAAGGACCAUAUACUGUAUAUAUAGGAAUCAUGUAGUCCAUAUGCAUCUUUAUGCCUUGUAUUGUAUGUAAGAUGUGUGAAAAGUGUUGUAAACCUGGGUUGUAUGAUAGCAAAUAAUUUGUAAAGGUACUGAACUAUAUGCACAGAAAUAAAUAUAUAUGUAAAUGUUACAUAUUGUCAGUUA